ACUUACUCGCUGCCGUCAACGCCCGUGACAUAUUCGUUAUACGCCAACCUUCGUCCACCUGAUUACCCUCUCAUUUUGCAUCUUUCAACAAUGACAGGCCGAGGUCCAGUGGAAGACUUUCCAGUCGAGAACAAAAUCGUCCUCGUCACAGGCGGUGGAAGUGGCAUUGGUCUCACAUUCGCCCGUAUUUGUCACGAGAAGGGCGCAAAAGUCAUCAUCGGGGACCUGAAACUCACCCAAGAAGCACAAGACUAUCUCUCCUCGAAGGACAAGUCUGAGAUCUUCCACGAGACAUGCGAUGUGACAUCCUGGAAGUCAUUGCACAAUCUGAUCUCGGCGAGUCUCAAGACGUUCGGCGACGUUCCCGACGUCUAUGCGCCAGUCGCAGGGGUCUUCGAUCCGUCCUGGUCAAAUUUCUGGGAUGACACGGAAGACGAGAGCUACAAGACAGUGGCGAUCAAUCUGCAGCAUCCCGUCAAGUUGACUCGCCUUGCUAUGAAGGCUUUGGCGUCCGCUGAUAAGAAGGGCGUUGUAUGCCAUGUGGCUUCGACAGCAGGGAUUCGCGGGAACUUCUUUGCGCCACUCUACGUCGUUACCAAGCACGGUGUCGUUGGCAUCACCAAGUCACUUGCACAAGCUGAUCCUGAGUUCGGCGUACGGAUUGUGGCUGUGCUGCCGGGCACAGUGAAGAGUAAUUUGUGGGAAGACCGGGACGAUCACGUCAUGGAGGCGACUAAGUACAAGGAACGGAAAUUGAUGCCACCGAGCACGAUCGCAGAAUUGAUGGUCAAGAUGGUCGAGAGCAAGGAAUAUACCGGUGGAACUUGCGUGCUGAAGACGCUUACGGAGGAAAGAGUUGUUGAGGAGGGUUGGGACAAGGCUGCUGGGAAAUAUGACCCGAGUCCUCGACCGGAAGCUGACCUUAGCCAUAUCAGAGAGGUCAUUGCCGCGGAAAGGGGCAAGAAAUGGGAGGCAUGAUUCGCACAACACUGUAGCACAGUUGAAUUGGAUUUGCUCAUAGGGCUAUAACC